AAGCGGAUCGCAGUUUGUGUUUCGGUACUCAAACCUGACCUCUUCAGUCCUAUUGGGUUUAGCAGCUUUUUCUCGUCUAAGCUACUACAACAGUCAUGAGGUGCUUUGCUUUGGUAGUUCUUUGCUUCGUAGCAACUGCUCUUGCACAAGAAGUCCCAGAAGUCAACUGGGGAAAAUGCCCAGAACUGGAGCCUACGCCUGAAGAACAGAGGUCAAAGGGCGAAGUAAUCCAGCAAUGUUUGGAGAAAAACCCACCUCCAGCUGAAGGUGCAAGCCUUACUCAGGAACAAAUUGACAAACACAGAGAAACCAUCACCACUUGCGCUUUGAAGACUGAAGGAUGGUUCGGAGCUGACAACAAAUACAACUACCAACGAGCCAAGAAAGAAAUCCAAAGCAAGAAAAUGAAGCCUGAAGCUCAAAUCCUCGCCAAGCACGAUGAAUGCAGCAAGGAAGCACAAGACAACUUCGCAGACAAUCCAAUUGCUCAAGUUCAACUCUACCAAGCUUGCAUGGACUUCCACAUCACAAAGAUCUGUGAAAUCAAGAUCACUCCCCCAGCUGGUGCUGAAGCUGCUGCAUCUGCUUAAAUUAAAGAGCUCAUUAUUUUUAAACUCCAGUGUAAAGAAGACCUUCACACAGCAAGUACAAUCUGAUGGAUUAAUCAAAAUUGAUUCUCUGUGAUCACUAUUUCAUAAACAUUAUUCGAAAGGAAGGUCUAAAAAAGGAUCGUAAUCAGCAUAAUCUGAAAACCACACUUUAUUUUUUUUUUCUUUCUAUUUUUACAGUUUUGUAUAAAUUUCAUCUGAGCCAGUGUGGAAAAUAUAUUUAUGUGAUAUAAACAUGAGCUGGAGAUUUUUGUGAUGUAAUAAAAGAUUCCGUCCACACAAAAA